UACAUGUUCCAUCGGUUUUAGCUCUUGUGCAUUAGAUUUUUAUUUUUUUUUGCUUUGUUUGUUUUUUUUUUUUAUCCACUCCGCUCAGGAUAGCUUCCUCCCUAAAGCGGGCAGCUCCUCUCCUUCCCCAGCUCCACAGCCAUCAACCCUCGACAUGGCUCUAAACAUAGCCUCUAUACGGGACACAAAAUGGCUGACCCUGGAAGUGUGCCGGCAGUUUCAGAGAGGGACGUGUUCGCGCAGUGACGAGGAAUGCAAAUUCGCCCACCCUCCCAAAAGCUGCCAGGUGGAGAACGGGAGGGUGAUUGCCUGUUUUGAUUCGUUAAAGGGGCGUUGCACGAGAGAGAACUGCAAAUACCUCCACCCGCCCGCUCACCUGAAGACUCAGCUGGAGAUCAACGGACGGAACAACCUGAUCCAGCAGAAGACCGCCGCUGCCAUGUUGGCUCAACAGAUGCAGUUCAUGAUCCCCGGAACCACCAUGCAGCCUGUGACGUUUCCAGUCAGUCAGGGCCUGGGAUCCAGCGCCGGUUUAAGCUACACAACUUAUCUGACCCCGAUGUCCCACGGCAUGGGCCUGGUUCCCACAGACAUUCUGCCCAGUGCGCCCGUCAUCGUCCCCGGCAGCCCGCCCGUCUCUGUGACGGCCGGUUCCUCCUCCAACCAGAAGCUUCUGCGCGCCGACAAGCUGGAGGUCUGCCGCGAAUUCCAACGGGGCAACUGCGCCCGCGGCGAGACGGACUGCCGCUUCGCUCACCCGAGCGACAGCCCCAUGAUCGACACCAGCGACAACACGGUCACCGUGUGCAUGGACUACAUCAAGAGCCGCUGCUCCCGCGAGAAGUGCAAGUACUUUCACCCCCCGGCCCACCUGCAGGCUAAAAUUAAGGCCGCCCAGCACCAGGCCAACCAGACGGCUGUGGCUGCCCAAGCUGCGGCCACAGCUGCAGCCAUGACUCAGUCGACUGCCAAAGCAAUGAAGCGACCCCUCGAGGCAACUGUAGACCUGGCGUUCCCCCAUGGUGUCCUCCAGCCCCUACCAAAGAGACCAGCACUUGAGAAGAGCAACGGAGCGAGCUCUCUGUUCAACCCCAGUGUUUUGCACUACCAGCAGGCGCUGGCCAACGCGCAGCUCCAGCAGCCUGCUUUCUUUCCCACAGGGUCAGUGUUGUGCAUGACCCCUGCUAGCAGUCUUGUCCCAAUGAUGUACAGUGCUACGCCUGCUACUGUCUCUGCAGCAACAACUCCUGCCACAAGUGUCCCCUACGCAGCAACAGCACCAGCCAAUCAGAUCAUCCUGAAGUGAGCGUCGGGAGCGAGAUGGAACGUCACGAAGCCGCACUAGGAAGCCCAAAACAGCCCCUCUGUAAAUACUACCUUGCCUCUCCCCCAGAGGUCCAGCAACCUGCAUGCUAAGAGUGUAAACACUUCAAUUUAACCACAAGGACUGCAGUGCCGGUGUAACUCACACACAGUAAACAAAAGAUAUAUACAUAUAUUAUAUAUAAAAAAUAGUGUAUGUAUUGUUAGAAAACGGAAUACGCACAUGAAAAGUCACAAUUAUUCUUAUGUAUAGUGCAUACAUAGAUACACUAUAGCCACAGUGGGAUCUCUACUCUUGUUUUAGAAAACCCUUUAGUAGGUUGAAGAAGGAGAAUGGAGGAGCACCUACACAGCCACACCCUUUCGUUUAGCUUUUUUAUUUCAGAAGAGAUCUUUUCUCCCUCUUGCUGCUUAUUAAUUAUCACAGCCCCCCCCCCAGAAGCUGAAGCUCUUGCAGACAUUUUAUCCCUGGAAACAUCUUGCCAAAGCUGCGGCUUGGAUAAGGAUGCCAUAGAGCACACACCCUCCAAAUUCCAUCUUGUUUUCUCUCCCCCCUCCCUCCCCGUUGCUGCAAAGUCAACCUGCUCGCCCUUUAUUUGCUGUGAGGCCAAUCCAGCUUGUUUGCAUGCAGUCAAGACCGGAGAAUCUAAAGGCUCGAGCCUGUGCCAAGGGCUUGACGAAGCUGGAGGGUGAACUUCAGACAUGCCAAGCCUUCUGUGUACGUGCGACUGUGUGCGUUGUGUGUGUCAUAUCAGGAAACUGAUGGUCUGCCGGCAGACUGCGACUUUAAGCGAGGACUUGCAAAAGAUGGUAACUCCAAACCUGGUGGAAGAGUUUCUUCUUCUUUUUUUUUUUUCUUUUUUUUUUUUUUUAUGAAGUUUUAGGACCGGGGGACAUGUGAGGGACUUAAGUGCUAAAUCUAAAUGAAAACAACACAAAAAAAAAGUUUGUAAAAAAAAAAAAAAAAAAAUUAUAAAUUAAAAAGAAAACUGUGCAUUUGACAACAUUCGUCAAGCAAAAAGAUGACUUGAACUUGAACUGGAGGGCUAUCUGUGACCGUCGGUUGUCCUGUCCAACCCUACUAUCACCGAUAAUCCUGUUUCCAUUUUAGAAAACUGUAGAAGUGCCUAAAAAAAGAAAAUAAAAACAAAACAAAAAAGAAUUUCAAAAAAAAGCUCAUCGACGACACACUAAACACCCAGGGCUGGAUCACUAAGAGUCACAAAAACCACCGGCUGAUAAAACCGCAUCUUUUGGGGGGUUUUUUUUCGGGAAAAGACAUUACACUAUGUGUUGCUAGGAAACACCUGCCUAGCAACCGCUCAUUUUACAUCACAAGUGACUUUACUGAAGGAAGAGAGCUUGGAGGAUCGACAAAUCAAAACUAGCUUUGUAGAAUGUCUGGUGACGCUUCAACGGUGUAUCCGUCGUUUCUUACAUGGGUUUCAGUAGUUUACAUGAGGAACGUGAGUGAGAACACAUCGUAUUGUAAACUGUGUAAUGUAUGUAAAGUGUCUGUCAUUUUGAAAGUUUCUAUUCUAGAAAAUGUAUUCCGACUUAUUUAAAGAAGUUGUGUUGUGUCUACUAUUAAGGUGUGUUUGAACCUUCGCCUCCCGUAAUGAACGUUCACAUAUAUCUUUUUUUUUUUUUUAAGGCCAAGAUCAGAAAAAAAAGAUAAAUUAUUUUGGUUUUACUUUUUAGGUUUUUAUUUUUAUUUUUUUUCUCCAUUUGAUCAAAAGUUCUGGCACGAUCUGAUGGUGCUUUGAUCAACACUGACAAUCCACAAUCAAAACAGUUUGUUUUCACGCACAUUGUGACGUUUUUGUACCCUGUAGCCGCAAUAAGCUGAUAACGGCCGAUAGCUGGCUUUGAUCAUUUUAAAUGGAAUAAGCCCAAUAACAUAAGAGGUCGGCAAAACUCCUAUGAAGCUUUUGAGCCAAUAACAUAUUCUUCUUUUGUAUUCAAUUAGAAAUGUUCCUCCUGCCUUCUAUCACGUUUCACAGUGAUCUAACUACCAACUACGCUUCAAAUUAUUUAAAUUGUCAUCGGUGCAUGAAAGCAUGAAUCUAUGCAUGAAUUUCUUAUUAAAUAUACGUUGCAAACUAUAAAUAUUUUAACAUUGGCUCUUAGAAUCAGCUGAUCUUUAAUGAACAAACAUGACCCUUAUGUAAUCCAAUACAUAUUUUCCUAAACAGCACAAACACUAUUAAUUUUCAAGAAUUACACUUUUUUUUAUAUUUAUAUAUAAAUAUAUAUGUAUAUAUAUUUAUCUUUUCAGUUUAAGGAUGUCCCCUAAAAACGCCCACUUCCUCAUAGCCUAAAAGGCUGUUUUUUUUUUAGAUUUCUUACAUUUUUGUCUCAUUUUAAUGAUAGUAUAUUAAAAGUUUAGUGCAGAGAAGAAUAUUUUGAAUUAUAUCUGGGUUAUCUAGACCAUUUUGUGAUGCAAUAAUUAACUUUAUUUUCAUGCAAUAACCCAACAAAAUACAACACUGACUCAAUUUAGACCCAUAUGUUAGCUCUGCUGCCCACUAGUGGUAAAAAAAAAAAAAAGACAUUUUAUGAAGAAAAAAACAUUUAUUUAUGUUUGUAUGGAAAAUUUAUUUGUUGUUUUCUCCUUUAACAGAUGCUAAAUUGAGGAAACUGUUUAUUGAAAUUGAUAUGAUUUGUCAAUGGUCUCACUCUGUGAUGCCUAAAUAAAGUAUAUAAAAUAAAGAGGUUUGUGUAGGAUUAUACAUUAGUAACUUUUAAACUGAAACUUCUAAACCAUUUUAUGAAAAUCUUGUCCCACCAGCGUUAAAGUAGGCAAAAAUAGUAACUAUUUAAAUAUAAAUGAAGGGAAAAAAGGGUCUUAAUAUGCUAGUGCUACUCCAAUAGUUAUGUUAAUGGUUCAAAAUCCUCAUUAAAUUAUGUGUUCUUUAGUCAUUAUGACGUUUAAAACGGGCAGAAUUAUUAUGCGUUUGUAAGGUAUUACGUUAUCGGUCAGUAUUAGCUUAUUAGCUGCUACGUACCCUUUUUUUAAGGCAGUAAAAUGACCUGUUUUGUUGUAACUUAUCUUAAGUCACGUGAGAUUUUACUCAAAAACAAUGUUGUAAACUAUUCUGUUUUGAGAUGAAUGUAAUUUAUUGAGCUGUGCAACGUUUCUGCACGGGUCGGUCGUUUUUUUUCUUUUCUUCAAAGAUCGAGCCCUCCGUCGAGUCGGCAGACAAGAAGUCACACGGCAGCAGGGGGGGGGGGGUGGCGUGAGCCCGAGAAGCCCGCGCCUAAAACGGAACUGGAAACACCUCUGGAUCUUUCUCGCCUUCUCAACGAGGAUGAAAAUUAAAAGUUUGAUGUGAGGAGCGUUAAACAUAUUACUAGAGUUGCUUGUGAUAUCGGAGGAAUAAAAUAAAAAAAAAAAAAAAGAUUAUUGUAUAGAUGACAUUUUAUCGACAGGAUUAAAAAAAAAAAGUGAAAAAAAUUUAAAGAAAAUUUUGAAAAAGAUGUACUUUUCACUCUAGUAUGAUAGUAUUUCAUAACAAUAUUAAGUUGUUGCGGUGGCAACCAAAUGUUGCAGUUACUAAAGUUUGGUAUUUUUGUAAAUUACAUUGUUAAGUUGAUUUUUUUGUUCAUUUGUUCUGUUUGUUUCUUUUUUUUGCUAGAACUCUGUACACAAAGUAGAUUGUAAAGCAAUGAACAUUUCUUAUUCUUCGAUGAGAAUAUGAGAGUGAACUGAUAUUUUCAUUAGCAAAUAACAGCCUCUAUACCGACUGUAACACUUCUAGAUUUAAAAUCAUCAAUGUUAUAUAGAUUACAUAUGAAUAUAUAUAUAUAUAUAUAUAUAUAUAUAUGUAAGAACUAAAUAAUCUAUAAAUUAAGUUCAGAUGAAAACUCCCCUUACAAAGGACCUUUAAGUACCACACAGACUUUUAUUUAAAUUGUAUUUAUCCAUAGAUUUUAGGAUUGCACUUUUUUUCCCCCACUUCCUUUAGACUUUAAAAGCAUCGGUAAUUAAUUCGACAUAUUGUUGCAUGAAAAAACUUUUCUUUACUUGCUAAAUGAUAACGUACUGAAUGUUUUUAAAGAGGAAAAUGAAAAAAAAAGUCCGAACAACCUUCAGCAACCGUGUGUGUUGGAUCCUUUUCAGAUGUUUUGUUGAAAUGCGUUGGUCGUUAUCGAAAAGAUGGUUUAAAUGAGAAAGAGAGGGGUGGAAAAAACAAAACAAAUGUAAGCACUUUCUGAGCAGUUGGUCAACUGAGCAGACUCAGCUUAUUCAAACACUUUGCCUUAUCUUGAGUCCAUCGUGCUUGAGGUUUUAUGUUUUUAAGAGCUCUUAUGAAAUACAUAAAAAAAAAAUGACUUGAACGGUCUCAAUUCUCAAAUCCCCUCGGAGUUUCAUUUCAAAUGUAAUUCUUUAUAUCUGAGGUGUUUUUUUCUUAUUUCUUUUUUUUUUUCUUAAAGGUUUUAAUGUGUGCAUCAGAAAGCCAACAGGGAGGACUGCAAACCAAACUUAUCUCCUGGAUCUGUAGUAGCCUCGUAUGGUCCCAUUGCCUUACAAUGGAACAGUUUGAGUGUGUAAUUCACAGCUUUUGACAGCAGAGGGCACUACAGCUCAGACUGCAGGUUAUAUUCUCUUUUACAAAGUUAAAAUGACAAUAAGACCCUCAUUGGAAUCAUAGUUUUAAUGUAAUCCUUUUAAAUGUAUUCUUUUGCAUAUAUUUUGUGCUAUUUUAUGUUUAUAUAGUCGGUUGUUUCUUUGGUUCAAGCGAGAUAGUGUAAAAUCUAUUGAGAGGAAGAAAUAAAGAAAAUAAAAUCA